GUUCAACUUAUCACCCGGUGGCUUUGUUUUCUUUCUACUUUUAUCACUUUAGUCGUCUGCCCAUUAUCGUCGAUGCAAUAAAUCGGUCAUUAUCUAAAACACUGUUCUAGUUCCGUUUUCCUUGACCGGAGCUUAGAUAACAGAGUCCACAAAUCAUUUAGAAAAACCAUGGCGAUAUUAAAUUAUGUGAAUCCAUUUCACAUUUUUCGAGAAUUUGUGCGUAAUCCUAUAGAGGCGUUUGUGCUGCACCAGUACUUAGGGUACAAGAAGAAGACAGAAGACGGAAUAAACAACGUGAAGGAGUUGCUUUACAGGGCUGGGAUUAUAUCCGUGUUCGUUACUGCAAUAUUGUGGGUGUCCAUAUUUAUGUAUGUGGUGUUUUACUACACUUACAUGCCUAAUGUAACACAUAUGAGGCCAGUGCACCUGCAGUUCAAAUCAUGCGACGAACAAAUGGGUCUAUGCUCAUUCCCGUCAGCACACGUCCAGCUCACGAAAUACAGCCAGAUGCGGAUGUCAGCACAACCCUACCGCGUACGACUGGUCCUUGAUAUGCCAGAGUCACCCAUCAAUAAAGAACUUGGCAUGUUCAUGGUGUGUGCUCAAAUGAGGGCCAAGGGCGGAGUUUUAGUUUCAUCAUCUUGCAGAUCCGCUAUGCUCAGACACAGGUCGUGUCUACACGAGUUUAUCCGAACUGUAGUAUUCUCUCCCCUACUCCUCUCGGGAGUCAAUGAGGAGCGUCAGCAGCUGCAUGUGGAACUAUUCAGCGAUUUUGAGGAUGAUCAGAAUCUACCAGUGACCGACGCGUACGUGGAACUCCAAUCCAGACACGCCCAAAUAUACGCCUGUGAGCUCCAAAUAGAGGCCCACUUCACAGGGCUUCGGUACUGCAUGUACCAUUACCCGAAACUGUCGGCUGCUAUCGGUAUCAGUACGAAUCUCUUCUUCGUGUCGCUCAUAUUUAUAUUGAGCUGGUAUCAUCUACAGGACGGAUUGCCAGAUUUCGUAAAGAGCAAAUUUGGCGACAUCAAAACCGAAACCGAUCCCGAUGAUGAGAAGAAAUUUUUAAAGAAAGUCAAAUUGGAGAGAACAGAUUCUUCUAUGUUCUUCGAUGAUGAGAGUCUUAUGGAGGAGCUGAAACACAUGGACGAACCAAAGAAGACGUAGACUGAACGAACUAUCAAUAUUUUUGUACGGCUUUUUACUAAAUUGUGUCAAUUAUUCGGCGGAGCUAAUGUUUACGUAUAAAACUUUCGUGAUAUUUGAGCAUUAAAAUAUAUUAGCUAUCAAGAAUAAAUAAAAAUUGAACUAAAAAAAAUCAAGAAAUAAAGAGAGGUCUACGAUGAAUUUAUAUUCAGUUGCCAUAUAAUGAUAAUGCAUUUAUUUAGGAGCCUUUUUAACGCCACGGUCGUCUAUAGACGACAUCAUGGACCUUCAUACAUCAUAACUCAGUCUAUCAGUUUAAAAAAACACUGGCGUCAAAGAAUCAUAAAUAAUGCAUUUACGUCAAAAUACACUGAUGUAUACAUUUAAUAUUUUGUCGUAUAUAAGCAAAAAAACACAAAACUAGACUGAUAUUAUAGCUCUCUCUUUCCCUGGUGUGGCUCCUUAAGAGUUUAGAUAGUAAUAUCAAACAUUUAUUUGGAAGAGGGUUGUUUUUUUAUCAAUGUAUAUGUUUGUCUAGACUAGUCUACUGUAGACGAUAUUAACAUAACAUGGGAAAAUAAUGAAUAAGCAUAAUAUUAUAUAACUGAAAAAACUGUAUAGCUUUUCUUCUAUAUCUUUAAAUAACUGUCCAUUCCAAACCGCUUUAAGCUUUACCGUGUAUAAUAUAAAGUGUACUUACCUAAAAUUAUGUAUAAAUAAAGGCUUUUUAUCUGGCAUACCCACUUUGUCUGUGUGUUCCAGAGUUAAAAAAACAAAUGCUGUCAAAUUCCAGAUGUCUCAGUGUCUUUACUAUAUAACACCUAAUCUAAUCUGUAUGGUUUUCUACUUAUUUCAUAGUUGGCUUGGGCAGA